AUGGACGAAUCUAUUUGUAUUGAAAAUUGCGAACCCGAUAUUUUACAAUGGGAUGUUCCUAGCAUGCAAGAAUUAUCGUUUUUAGAACGGUUAGAGAUUGAUGAGCCUAUUGCUGUUUGGUUCAAGUUCAAAGGGAAGUGGCAUGCAGGAAUAAAAUGUGCAAAAGAUGAUUUGCCAGUGUCAACUCAGAAAGACAAACCAGUUCAUGAUGAUAAGAACAAAUAUUUCAAUAUUUUUUCUCCAUCUGCAAAAAAUUAUUCUUGGGUUAAAAGGCGUUUUGUUCAAUCAAUUGAUGAAUUUCCUCAGCCUAUAGCAUAUGAAACUCAUCAACAUGGAUUGGAAACUGUACAAGACUUGACUAUUGCUCGACGGUUCACAAUGCAAAACCUCGUCAUUGAGAUGAUGAAUAUUAAAGAACAAAUUCAUUCUCAAGCUUUAAUCGAAGAUGCUCGCAAUAUAAUGGUUUGGAAGCAAUUUGCUAUGGAAGCUUCUGAUUCUAAAAGCUAUUCAGAUAUUGGAAGAAUGGUUCAGGGACUGCAAAAUAGCAUAAUGCAGCAUUAUAUAGUGGCUGAUUGGAAACUGCAUUGUUCUAAGUCUUGGGCUUAUCGAUGCGAGAUGGCAAAAACUGCCGAAGAAAUUGAGAUGAUAAAUGAGGAAUUGGUUGAUUGCAUUUUGUGGAAUGAUGUCUUCGGUCUCUGGAAUGUAGCACCAGAACCAAAAUUAGGUGAUGUAUGGAAAAAUUGGAAGCAUGAUGUAAUGAAAUGGUUUUCAAGAAAUCCUUUGGUUUCCAGCAGUAACGGCUCGCAGCCACAUGCUUCUAGUUCUUAUGGAUUGUGCCAAACAAGCUUUCAAGCUGGUUUUAAAAGGCCUAAACUUCAAAUGCUUCGUCCAUGCACACCUUCAACGCAUAAAAGUACCGUGGAGGUGCCCAUGGAAACUGAGUUUCCUAGUCAGUUUAUGAAUGAAUUGAGUGAUAUUGGAGUCGAGGGUGUAGAUUCUGAUGUUUCGCCCAUCACGGAAAUGGUAUCAAGGCCCAUGGAAGAUGAAGAAAGGCCUAUGGGUGAUGAGGAAAUGCCUAUGGAUGACGAAGAGGCUAUUGAAUUAUUUGUAGAACCUGAUAAUAAUAAGAGUCGACAGUGCGGAAAGUUUAUCAAAGCCAAGGGAAGGCAAUGCAGGAGACAAGUAAUUGGUAGUGAUAAAUAUUGUUUUGCUCAUUUCUCAAUAAAACCUGAAAAACAAGUUAAAGCUCCUACGCCUAUGUGUGGAGGUACAACUGUGGCUGGUUCUAAAUGCAAGCAUCACUCACUUGCUGGCUUUUCAUUCUGCAGAAAGCAUUUGAGCAGUGUUAAGACAAACAAUAGUUCAAAUUCAAAACGUCGUAGAUCGAAAAGGAAACCAAGAGUAAACUUCAGUGGUUCGACUUCAAAGAGAAGGGUUCGCGAAGACUUAGGUGUGGCACCUCCGAAAAGUCCAUUGGAUAUUGAUCCGGUGUCGGUCAUUAAGGAUGAUUAUUUCAUUGCAAGGAACAUCUUCGGAGAAACACUCACACUUUCUGGUAAUGAUCACAAUGAGGCUCUUCAAUGGAUAGAGUCUCCUCCUAAUCGCAAUGAUGAUGAUAAUGAUAAUGCAGUUAAGUGUAAGGUAUGUUUUGAAGAAUUUUCCGAUGACCGAUCACUUUGUAACCAUUGGAUGGAAAAUCAUGAAAGGGAAGCAUAUUGGUUAUUCAUGAGUUAUGCAUGUGCAAUUUGUCUUGAUUCCUUCACCAACAAGAAACUUUUGAAAUCGCAUGUUCAGAAUAGACAUCAUGUGCAGUUCAUCAAACACUGCUUGCUUUUGAAAUGUAAUGCUUGUGGUGGCAAUUUUGGAAUUAUGGAUGAAUUAUGGUUGCAUGUUAGGUCAGUUCACUCUUCAGAAUUCAAGGUAACCAGAGUUCCUAAUCCACUAACUUUGACAACUGAAGAUGAUUCUCCAAGCAUGAUUGAGCAUGAAAACGAAGCUUCUUUGGAAGAACCUCAAACUAACAAUCUCAAUAUUUUACCGAUUGCUUCCACAACUUCUUGCGAAGUUAACCUCGAAGCUUCGUUGAAGGAGAAAUUUGGAUAUUUGCCAGAAAGACGUCAUUUGAAGGCAACAGGAGAUUGCAGUCGGAGAGAAAUGCUUGAGAAUUCGCAUCAGGAUGAGAUUCACUCUGUCAAUAGUCCACACUCGGGUUCGUUGCAAAAGGCUAUAAUUUUAUGCGAAGACAUAAGCUUUGGGAAGGAAUCAACUCCGGUAAUUUGUGUAUUGGAUCAAGAAAUACUGAAUUCUCUUUUCGAGAAAGAGCGAUACAUAAAUCUUCCUAGUCCUUGGGAAUGCUUUUCUUAUGUGACAAAACAGAUGCUUGAUCGAUUUCCUAGUCACAAUCACGAGGAGAGCCUGCAAAUGAGAUGUUCUUGCUCCUCUUCUUCAUGUUGUCGUAAAACGUGUGAUCAUAUAUACCUUUUCGAUUAUGGUCUUGAUAAUGCCAAAGAUAUAUUCGGGAAACCAAUGCACGGAAAGUUCCCAUACAAUAAAAAUGGUCGACUCAUGUUGAAGGAAGGUUAUUCUGUGUACGAGUGUAACAAUUUGUGCAGAUGUAGUAAAACAUGCCAGAACAGAAUAUUGCAGAAGGGAGUUCAAGUUAAAUUGGAAGUCUUUAAAACAAAGGAAAAGGGAUGGGGAGUUAGGGCUGGCGAGGACAUUCUUUGUGGAACGUUCGUGUGUGAGUAUAUUGGAGAAGUUGUAGAAAAGACGGAGGUGCACAAAAGACGAGAAAGAUAUGGAACAGAAAACGGUGAAUAUUUCUAUGACAUUGGUGCUCACAGUAAUGAUAUGAGUGGAAUUACCGAAGGAAAUGCCCGCAGAUACAUUAUUGAUUCUACUCGAUAUGGAAAUGUGUCUAGAUUCAUUAAUAACAGUUGUUCACCGAAUCUUGCAAAUUACCAAGUUUUUAUAGAGAGCAUAAAUAGUGAGCAUGCACAUAUUGGUCUUUAUGCAAAUAGAGAUAUUGCUUUGGGUGAAGAGUUGACAUAUAGUUAUCAGUAUGAGUUUGUUGGUGGAGAAGGAUAUCCUUGUCUUUGUGGAUCCUUGAAGUGCAGAAAGUUGUGCAUAUGUUAA